AUGGCGGCGGCGACAAGCACAUCAGGCGAAACAACAGACUGCCACACGGAAAUGCCGGACUACUCAGCCAGGCUUAACACUAUUUUUGCAGCCUUCUGGGCAAAGGUGGAGAACCGGGCACGGCAGCGCAAACCGAGCGCCCACAUGAAACCCAAGCUACUUACUCCUCGGCUACACAGUGCCCCAAGACAGCGCCGCGGAAUAAAAUGUCCCCCACCAACGAGCAAACGCACAAGAGGAAAAUCAGCACCGGAGCUGGGCCACAGAGUCCUGCGAGCCCUCCACACACCCAGUGUACAACCUCACUUUUCUUCCGAGCUGGGAGCUCACCAGGAGGUAGCUCUCCGCCACCACCCAUACACCCAGGGAAAUAGCUGGGACCCGGUGGAACCCUGGGCCCACGACCCUGAUGAUGGGGUCAUUGGAAAUGUGGUACGGGCCCCCGUCAAAGCCUCGGGCCGAAGACAAGUGGCACUCAAGCGACCUGGAAUCAGAAGGUGCAGGAGGAGAAUCGCAGCAUGGAGGGCCAAGCGACCAGCUGGUCAAAGCAGGCAUACAGGGGAAGCUAGGCAGCCCCCCAACCAAGUGCGAGGUCAGGAAGGUCUCCACCCUCAUCCUGAUGGACUGGCUCUCGUAUUUUACAACACCAUUCCACCCUGUGGAGUGGGCUGA